CCAUUGAUUUUGAAAUAAGUAACAGACUUUUGGUGUUAUCUUUGACGUCGUCUCCCUGUUGACCUCUUCACGGCAACAAUGGCGGGUGUCGCUCUGUGUUUCCUUGUCUUUAUAAUCGGAACUCUUACUGUUAGUCCAGGUAAUGCCAAAUCUUUCGCCGUAAACCCCGGGGAGUUGGAGAUGUGCGGCAGCAAUCAGACGCCGUCCCUGUCCCUCAGCUGUCGCCCCACCGUGACGGGAAUAACGCAGAUCUUUGCAUUAGAGAUCGGAAAGAAGGCAGGCGCGAUCAAGUCCGCCAUCUCCCGCAUCACCGUCUUGGCAUCCACGGUGAACAUCGUCGACCAAACCCUCAAGUCUCGAAUGACAGUCACAGGCUCUAUCUCCGGGAGAACAGGCUCCCUUGACGUUACUUUGACGCAUCUAGUUGACGACGACGCCACUACCUACUACUGCAACAUCGCCUUCCUGACUGAUUCUGUCUCUACCCAAGAGACAAUAGAGAAUGUGUCUCUUCAUACUCUCCUGGGAUCUGUCCCGAAAUGCGACGGUACUCAAGUAUUGGCGGCCCUGAAUAGCCACGUUCCUGUGACCAGCUCCCAGGCUGGGAAUUGUCCCAAUGGCAUUGCUGGCAGAUCAGAAGCCCUGAUGUUCAACUUCUGCUCCUCCCCCGAUAUUGCAGGCUGGAGAGCGGGGCCAAAGGUGGCAGACAUAUGCUGUCAGAUCCCCAAAUACACACCGGUGGCGACAUUUGAGUUCGGGUUCUUUGUGCAAGACGAACGCGGGAUGGCCGGCGUCUUCAUGGGGUGCACCGACCAAGGAUUUGAGCUUGUCACCCAGCUAUGUGGCCAUCCUCCUAUCAAAGUGAGCCUAACAAAAAGUCAAAAUAAUGGCUACGUCGGCAAUGCGGACAACUACCACCUGAUCCAGUUCGGUAGCCCUAGUAGCACCGGUAACCCUUUUGGGUAAAUCUUCAUGACCUGUUUCAACUCUACACCCAUGUAAGGAAAUACUUACAAUAAAAUGCUACAUCCCGGAAAGCUAAA